GCAACAUGAACUUCCGGUUUACCUGGCUUGUUGAUUACAGGUAAUCCUGGACGAGAAAUAAUAACAUCACUAACAGCUUUGUAGACUUGUAAAUAUUGCAACGAUGUAGGACAGGAAGACGGUACAACAUCCACUAAGUGUAAUCCAUCCAAGGCAAUAAUAUCCACCUGCAGUAGCCGAUGUGGCAGGCGAUAAGGAUGAGACAGAAUGGCCAAGUUUGAAGAUGAUGUGCAGGUCACAACUGCAGCAGCUACAACCACUACAACAACAGAAGAUGACAGCAAUGCUGGCGACAAGGACCAGGUCAUGGUGCCGGGGGAAGACACCCCAAUCACUGACACUGUGGCCGCCGUCACUGUCGCUAUACUAGCAGUCGUGUUACUUCUCACGCUGUUGGUCAUUUUCCGUGCCUUACGCAAACGUAGACGUGCACGCCAGGGUCAAAGGAUGGACGAUAUCCCAACAGUAUCAGCAGGCAUCAUGGGAGCAAGUGUGAGUGCCUACAACAACAUCCCAGUCGCAGGCCGAGUGACGUGGGAGCCAGUGUCACCGUCCACGUCCUCCGCCCAGCAGACCAGUCUACACCAAGACAACCCUUCACCCACCAGAGCAGGUCGCCACAACAGAAGGUCAAGGCCACCAAGGGGAGCCAACCCUCAGUCAACAAGUUAAAAUCAUCCUCCAGUUCUAGCACAUCUACCUUGCUGUGCUCUAAGUAUACUAACAGAGAGAACAUUUGUGAUAGAAAUUUGGCCGCCACAACAAAAGGUCAAGGCCACCAAGGGGAGCCAACCCUCAGUCAACAAGUUAAAAUCAUCCUCCAGUUCUAGCACAUCUACCUUGCUGUGCUCUAAGUAUACAAACAUAGAGAACAAUUGUGAUAGAAAUUAGGCUGCCACAACAGAAGGUCAAGGCCACUAAGGGGAGCCAACCCUCAGUCAACAAGUUAAAAUCAUCUUCCAGUUCUAGCACAUCUACCUUUCUGUGCUCUAGGUAUACUAAUAUGGAGAACAUUUGUGAUAGAAAUCCCUGAAAGGAAUUUGAUAUUCUGGAGGCCAUGGUUGAACGGCGACCAAUGGGGAGAUAACUCCCGUACAAAGAAGGAAAUCAUGUCAAAGGUGUAGAUAUUAUUUAAUGUUUUUAGUGAUGUUUGGGUUAUGAGUGACAAGUCUUUCAGUACAAAAUGUUUUCACUGUUUGUUUGUAAGUUUAAAUGUCCUGUUGUUGUGGUUUAAGGUAACAAAUGUUAGGGUCACUGGUUUAAGGUUAUGUGACACUGAAUGUGAAAUGUUUGUUAUUAUUUGAUGUUUCAUUAUUGUUUUAGAUGCCACAGUGCUGUGAUUAUAGAACGGCAGAUUGUGAAAGAGUUUAAAUUAUAUGUUAUAUGAUUUUAGAUAAUCAGGAAGUGUUUAGCUGAUUUUAUACUGCUUCAUCACACCAUGCUUUGUGUUGAUCUUAAAUCAAGCAGUCCUUGUAAGGACCAGUAGUGGAUGUCAUGCUAUCAACAUUAUCUUAACAUGUAAUAUGGGAAAAGAUUCAGGUCAGCCAUAGUUGUUACUAAAAUGACCUAAAAAGUCCUAAAUAAAUAAGAAUACCAGAAUUUUAGGGACUGGUCAUUGCAGUUAUUAUUUCUUGUAAUAAAUGUCCAGUGUUUUCUUACAUGUUGAUAAAAUAGAACAGAAAGUUUAUCACCCAAAAGCAGAUAGAGAAAUCAAGCAAUAUCUCCCUGUAGUGAAAUUGCAUUACAAUGCCUUGCAGACCAUUGUGAUGUCAUCUGUACCCGAGGGGUCACAGUUAAAUGACAUCUCUAAUCUCUCUGAAGCUGGUUAGCCAAAGGGUGCGUUGCAAAGCAUCAGUCGCUUGCAAGCGAUGUACAGUCAUUCACCUUACAACAGUGUGCUAACUUUCAGCUGCUUUCAAGCGAAAAAAUCGCUGUCUGAGGUCGCUUCGUUCUCAAACCAAAAUGACUGAAUCAAGGAGGAAAUGAACAAAGGCAGCUAACACCCCAUCAUCCUCAGGCUGCUCCAUAUCUUCAAAGUAGUCAUACAUUUCAUCAGCUCGUCAUCGAGCCUCUUCUAUUACAUUCUUCAUUACGUCAAGGCAACCAAGCGUUAGUUGCGCCCCCAUUUUGGAAGAGUGCGCAAGCACUUCGAAUUGUUGCAGACCUCGGGAUGAGCAAUUAAUUUGCUUUCUCUAAGCGAUUCCUGGCUUGCAACGCGCCCCUAGUUUUCACACUCAAGACACUGCUCAUUACUGUUUGCAAACUGAAAAAGUUGGAAUAAUGAUUUUGAAUUAUGUGAAAUAGAAUCUCACAUUCAAGUCUUUUAAUAUUAAAUACUGUAUAUCAAUAACUGUUGAUAUUAGAUUAAAACUUGAGUUAAUAUAUAUGAUAUCAAAAGACACAUGGGGAGAGUCUCUCUGUAUAAGUCUUUGUAAGAUGCCAUGGUGCUUGGAUCCUGUCAACCACAGUUAGUCAUAUUUCUCUGUACAUCUCCAUGUUGGGAGAUCAUCAUCCUCAAUAAUCCAGGGUAUUAUAUCUCCAUACUCUCCGAGAGAUACCGUUCGCAAUCAAAGCUUCAUCAAAGUAACAUCGCAAUCUUCAUCUCUCUUAUCACCAACUUAGAGCUAAUCAAUGACUUAGGACUUAGCAGUCCAAUGUGUGCAUCAUCGCGUGAGAUUACUUAUGUUCAUAGUGUACUGAUACAGACGUUAAUUGUACUGAAGAGUUUUUGUGAUUGAUGUAAGUUCAACCAGGUCAUUGUUAUGCAUAUGUUCCAUUUUAGUUUUGAAUUUGAAAAGAAAAUAUGUAAUUCAUGUACAUAAUAAUUUUGUAAUGAUCAUUUAACAUUCAGGAAAGGUUUCAAAGUUAACAUAUAAAUAGAUGUGGUAUUUUCCUGCAGUUAGAAUUCAACAAGUUGGAACCCUGUACUGGCCAGAACUAUUAUAUAAAUGUAGCAACAUAUGAAAUGUCUCCAGCUUAAAUGUUUCACAUGGAUACAAAAUCUCCUGAAUAAUGAUUUAUUGUGAUUAAUGCUCAGUCAAUCUUGCCUAAAAAGGGGGUUGCUUACAUUAUAUAUGGUAUUUUUUGUCACAGUUUUGAUUCUGAAAACAGCAAAAGUUAUAACAGCAAUAUACUCUCCAGGAAAUAGCCCAUGCCAACAUCAAUGUCAGCCAGGCUGUCACCAAGGACACCUGACGUAUUUAAUAUCCAUUUCAUAUUCAGGGAGGCCCGGGAUGCAGAUUUAACACGAUGUUGUUUCAGUCAGCCCUUCAGAACAUACAAUCUGCUUUUCUGAAAGGAAGAGACACCCAAACAAUUAUUCAUCUUCCCAUUUCCAUUUGCAUUUGCUUCAAACAAAAUGGCGAUGCUCUUUCAAAACGAUCAGAUCGAUGAUCAAGAUCUAUAUUGUAACAAAACAAGUCUUACCUCGCAAAGAGCAUUAAACCAUGUGAGUACCUUGAUUAAAAAUAUGAGAAGAUUUAGAAAAUACCUGUCGACAUCCCAGCAGUGCAAAGCUGCAACUUUUUAAAUGAGGGCCUAAAAGGGUUUAGUCAGGGCCUGCAGCUUCUAAAGUCUGUGGGUCCUGAUGGCAGCCUGGAUUCAUUUGAUUUCAAACACUGCAUCCCAGGCACGCCCCAAGAAUAUGAACUGGUCAACCUUGUGCUGUUCAUACACUAUAUACAGGGAUCUGAGUAGCCUGUGAGAACUGUCAUUGAGUAAUAGGAUCCUUACCCUCUGAUUACCAGCAUCGUCAAUACUUGACGGGUUUGUACAGACUGCGUUCAUCCAUCCAUGUACACAACCCAAGGGCUGAUCCAGCAUUUAUAAAAGGGAGGGGUCUAAAAGUUCAAAACCAUCUCUCAUUGGGGGUGGGAUGGGGUGGUGGAGGUAUUGUCUGCAACAUGCAAACAUUUAGUUUGUAAAAGGGGGGUCUGGACCCCAAGUACGUCCUCCGCCCUUUUGAUCCGCUUAUGCAAGCCAAAGAGAAUGACUAUACAUUCCAUGUGGAUGUUAUAUAUGUCAACUGUAUCAUUUCUUCCUCUGUCACAUGUCACUCUCAGCUGUACUUCCAUUCCACACUACUUUGUUAUCCUCUUAUUGCAGUUGACAUAAUAAUCUCUGAUUGACCCGUCUAGCAAAGUCUCAGGAGAAGCAAGGUCUGGUUCACAAAGUGUUCAGCUACGGAAGAUGUACCCUUGGCUUGUAAGCAUAGUCUGGGUCAAACAGAGCCUACAUUCCACAGACAUAAGAGUAUGAGGCAUACAUUCUGUUGUCAGUCGCAAAGACACUUAACACAGUGAAACUAUACACAGCAAUGGCCUAACCUUGGGGUGGGGGGUGGGGAUAUUGGUUUUAGGACUGUAUUUUGCUCAACCACAACCCCCAUUUUUAGAGGGGUUGUGAGAUGGGGGCGGGGGGUGUCAUGUAGAAAUGACAGAGAAAAGAGGCGGGUGGCCAAUAUUUAUAACAACUAUGAUGAGGAGUUUGGACUAUUUUUAAAUUUGAACAUUACUUAGGGACUGGUCAUUUAUUAUAAGGUAAGGGUCAUAUGAAAUAAUGUUACAUGUAGUAGGGGUUCGCCCCAAUUAUGUUUCUAGGUUUGUCAGUGCCAUGCCCGUGCUCGUGGGUGGCUCCGAAGUGGUAAACGUCUAAGACCUGCAUCACCUCGGGCUUUCCUGCCACAUUAAGCUGACACGCCGUGAUAUAACUGGAAUACUGUUAAGAGCGGCGUUAAACCUAACUCACUCACUGCUAGAGCCAUCAUGGGUCUCUGUUGCAGUGUGGUUCUGUGGUAGAGCCAUCAUGGGUCUCUGUUGCAGUUCUGUAGAGCCAUCAUGGGUCUCUGUUGCAGUGUGGUUCACUGGUAGAGCCAUCAUGGGUCUCUGUUGCAGUGUGGUAGAGCCAUCAUGGGUCUCUGUUGCAGUGUAGUAGAGCCAUCAUUGGUCUCUGUUGCAGUGUGGUUCUGUGGUAGAGCCAUCAUGGGUCUCUGUUGCAGUGUGGUUCUGUGGUAGAGCCAUCAUGGGUCUCUGUUGUAGUGUGGUUCACUGGUAGAGUCAUCAUGGGUCUCUGUUGCAGUGUUGUAGAGUCAUCAUGGGUCUCUGUUGCAGUGUGGUAGAGCCAUCAUGGGUCUCUGUUGCAGUGUGGUUCACUGGUAGAGCCAUCAUGGGUCUCUGUUGCAGUGUGGUAGAGCCAUCAUGGGUCUCUGUUGCAGUGUAGUAGAGCCAUCAUUGGUCUCUGUUGCAGUGUGGUUCUGUGGUAGAGCCAUCAUGGGUCUCUGUUGCAGUGUGGUUCUGUGGUAGAGCCAUCAUGGGUCUCUGUUGUAGUGUGGUUCACUGGUAGAGUCAUCAUGGGUCUCUGUUGCAGUGUUGUAGAGUCAUCAUGGGUCUCUGUUGCAGUGUGGUAGAGCCAUCAUGGGUCUCUGUUGUAGUGUGGUUCACUGGUAGAGUCAUCAUGGGUCUCUGUUGCAGUGUUGUAGAGUCAUCAUGGGUCUCUGUUGCAGUGUGGUAGAGCCAUCAUGGGUCUCUGUUGCAGUGUGGUUCUGUGGUAGAGCCAUCGUGGGUCUCUGUUGCAGUGUGGUGCUGCAUGUACAUUGUAUCAAUCUUUCCCAAAGCUAGUCUCAAAGUUACCCUGAAAAAAUAUCAGUUUCCUGGAGAUAAUCUCAAGUUAUUUGCAUGUACUGUUCAAAGUUACAGAUGAUGGGAGUAUUUGUACCUGUUAUUCCGUUAAUUUCGUAGUUUUGAAGAUGUUCCUCGCACCUGUUGACCUGUAUACCUUAUUUAAGUACCGAUAUAUCAAAACUUUCAACAAGUACAGGCUGACUGAUUGAGAUAAUGUUACUGAAUUAUUGAAGUGAAUCUGUUGGGAAGUAUAGUUCUUUAGUUCAUCAAUAUAUGGAUAUGUUGUAUGAAUGAUGAAGAAGAUGUAUUGAUUGUUGAUUACAAUUGUUGAAAAGGUGAAGUGUGUAGGUUUUAGAUCUGAAAGAAUGUAUGCUUCACCUCAAGAGCAUAAAGCAAUCAAACUACACAAGCAGACAGAACACAGAUGCCUAUGUUUCGCUUCUGAAGACAUCAUUAAUUUAACCGAAGGAUGUUCCAACUUCCUGAUUUGUCUUUUUCAUAUUAUGAGAUUGAACCAUUUUGCAUGUAAUCGCCUCAUUUUACCAAGUAUCAAUAUUAUCAUUUUGUGAUAUAACUUCAGCGGUAGUGCACAACAGUCUGUAUAAGGUUCACUGAAUCCUCCCUAUCUCCAGAGCUUGAACUUCAGUAAACCUACACCAAGGGUACCCACCAUCUUCCCGAGGCAAGAGAAUUAAUUGAUUUUAAAAGUCCAAUUUCCACCCUUGCCGAACUAGGCUGGAAUUCUGGGCUCAAUUGUAGCGCCACCAGUGGUUAUUAUGAGUUAUGUCCCUUCUGAGCCACUCCUAUG